AUGGCGGAGGCGCGGGUGGUGCGUUACGUGGGGGCGGACGGGAGUGCGUUGAGUACGGUGUCGGUGGAGACGGCGCAGAAGUGGCUGAGUUGUGGGGGCGAGGAGGAGUUGUCUGUGGUGAGCGUGAUAGCUGACUUGGCGUGUGCAUUACGGAACGGUGCGGCGGGUUGGUGGGUGCUGGGUGACCUUGAGUUGCGUUGUUUCCGGGAGCCGUUGGACGAGAUUGCGGAGGGUCCGAUUGCAGCGUUGCGUCAGUCGUUUUGGAAGAGCAAGCCGAACCAGGGCGUGUACCGACUGCGUUGGAUCGAGUUGCUUUGGGACGGUGCGGCGCGGCGUUUCCGGCGGGAGUUGGGCGACCCGUUGGCGGUGCGUGAUGCGUUGUACGAGGCGUGCGCGGAGCACAUGGUAAGUGUGUGCCAGGCGACGGGUUCGCGCCGGCUUUACUUCUUCGCGGAAGGCGAGGCGGUCGCGGCAGCGGUCGAGCGCGACGCCGUGGCUGAGACGGUCCGUAGCAUUUCUGCCAACGUGCACGCGCAGGUCAAAAAGCUCGAUUUUAUCUACAUCCUCUGGAACCUUUUUGAGCGCGGCCGCACCGAGGACUGCCGGACCUACCUCGAGUGCUACUUCGCCAGUCAACUGCCUUGGCCAGUGCGUACCCCCGAGUGGGCGCAGUGGCUCGCCGGCGACUCCUGCCUAAUUGACACCCCCGGAGAACAGGCCGUCCUGGAAGACGACAUACUCGCCUUGAAGAGGCACCUCCUCCAACACUUUGGGUAA